GUAAGGUUCAGGCCAAUUCAGAAAAGUUACCGGAGAUCCCCCUUUUUUGUGAUGGCCACGACAUUAGGAAGAAAAAAUUAAGAAUAAUUAUUGUGUUCUACCGGCAUCUUUAGGAAAUCAAGAAAACGCGGAAAUCAAGAAUUAUCAAGGAAACGUAUGCUGGUCAUUAUUGUGCAUAAAUAGUGAUAUUGCAUUAUCGGCUUAUACAAUGUUUCCAGAAGCACAAAGCUUUUGCUUGCCACAAAGUAUCAUUCCGCCUUGUAUGAAUUUUGCACUAAAACAUGAAUCAGAAUAUGAAUCAGGACCUUGGAAUUUCACAGAGGAAGCUGCUAAUUAUUUAAAAUACAUUCAAAGUUUAUCUGAAGUAAAAAAGAUAGAGACUCGGGAUUAUUUGGCCAUAUUGAAAAUAUGUUUAUAUUUGGAACAAUUUGAAAUAAAUAAAGAAAUAAAACGGUAUUCAUUGAAAAAUGGUAAACUCAAGAAAUCUAAAUCUAAUUCGGAACAUUGUUUUAUCAUUGAUGUACCAUCUUUGACUAGUGAACAGUCUGUUAUUGUACUUAACGAUAAAGUAUCUCUUUAUCAUGUUGUUUCAAAAAGAAAUAUUUUAGCUAGAGUUGUAAAACUGUCGAAGAACGAAGUAACAAUACAACUAGAUGCUUCUGUGGAUGCGGAAUUAUUCAACAAUAACAACUUUGAUAUAAGUUUCGUGAGUCAGUAUUGGCCAUUGCGCUGUUGUCAUUAUGCAAUAACGGCAAUCAGUAUGCGCAACUGGAUCCCUUUAAUAUAUCCAGAAGUAGGAAUUCCCGGUGAAGAUGUAGAAUUCGAUAUUGAAUGGGUAAAUCCUAAUGUGGCAAAGAACGAACAACAGAAGCAAGCUGUAAAGAAGAUUUUAAAUAAGACUGCGCACCCAGCGCCUUAUAUAAUUUUCGGUCCGCCUGGCACAGGAAAAACUGCGACAUUAGUCGAAACAAUAUGUCAGAUUAUAAGGCAACACCCAACGGAGAAUAUAUUGGUGUGCACCACAUCCAAUGCAGCGGCUGAUGAAAUCACUACAAGAUUAAUUGGAAAAGUUCCAAAAAAUAUAUUGUGCCGAAUAUACGCUCCAUCUAGAUCAAGGGAGAAAGUAGAUAAACUAAUUCAACCGUAUGCAACUUUUGCUGAUGGAAAAACUAUUUCUUUGACGAUGGAGCUGCUAUGCAAAAAGAUAAUCAUUACAACAUUAGUUACAUCUUUAAGCCAUUCUACACGCAGUUUAUUCGCUUAGUUCUUGAUCCCUAUCUUUUCUAUGUAUUUUGGCUGUUUCAUUUUCUUAUGUAUAAUAUUCGAG